AUGGGGUUUGAAGCUUUUCCAAUGCUUUUGGCCAUGGCUUUGUGGGCUUCCUUCCCUGCAAAUGGGGUUGUAGACACAGCUGAAAGGGUUGAUGGGCUUGAGCUUCAUUUCUAUAAAGGGAUAGCUGUCCGAGCGCAGAGGGUUGUGCUGUUUCAUUUCUUCUUGGGGAUUCGAGUAGCCUCACAAUUGGCUGCAAGGGAGGCCAUCUUUCUGGUUGUGUAUGCCGGAUUUAAGGAUGCAACACCAGUGACGGUGACGGUGGGUGGCGCUCAUACUCUAGGCGUAGGCCAUUGCCGGAACUUUGAGAACAGGCUCCGGCCGAGAGCUGACCCUGCAAUAUCACCUUCCCAUGCAUUCGUGUUGAAGACAAUCUACAGCGGUCCUUCUGUGUCAGACAUAGCUUUUGCGACAAAUGAUGCCACUGCAACAUCAUUCGACAAUCGCUACUUCAUAGACACAUUGAAUGGAAGAGGGUUGCUGAAGAUUGAUUCUGAUAUUUCCAGAGAUCCCAGGACACUUUCACAUGUGGUGAGGUUUGGGAUUAGCCUGGAGCAGCUCUUUGAGAGGUUCUCAUAUGGGUUUUCCAAGCUCUCAAACUACAAGGCUUUGGUAGGAGAUGUGGGAAAGAUUAGGAGGGACAGCAGGUUUAGUAAUUGA